UGUAAAAGAAGUAACAAAGAAACAGAAACAAUACAUGAUGUUUACUUUUCUAUCAAAAUGGAUAAGAGCAAAAUAUGUAUUAAAUAUAUGCAGCUUCAACAAUCAAAGGAGUUUCUGUAAAAGUACUGAGGACUAUAGAUCACCUUUAUCAGAUAUUCGUGUUUUAGAUUUAACACGAAUUAUUGCUGGUCCUUAUUGUACUAUGAUUCUUGGUGACCUUGGUGCUGAGAUUUUGAAGGUUGAAAGACCAGGUAGUGGAGAUGAGGCACGGAAAUGGGGUCCACCAUUUAUAGAAGGAACCCAAGAAUCAGUAUAUUUUCUUAGUGUUAAUAGAAACAAAAAGAGCAUAUGCAUUGACCUGAAAAAAGGUAAAGAUAUAAUCUAUGAAUUAGCAAAAAAGUGUGAUGUUCUGAUAGAGAAUUAUGUCCCAGGAAAGUUGAAGGACAUGGGUUUAGGAUAUGAGGAUAUAUCCAAGAUAGCACCUCAUAUUAUAUAUUGUUCUUUAACUGGUUAUGGAUAUGAAGGACCUUAUGCAAAUAGGCCAGGGUAUGAUGUGAUUGCUGCUUCUAUAGGGGGCUUGUUACAUAUAACAGGUGAAAAGAAUGGACCACCAUGUAAAGUUGGGGUAGCAGUAACUGAUUUAGCAACAGGUUUAUAUGCUCAUGGUGCUAUAUUAGCAGCAUUAUAUCAAAGAAAAAAAUCUAAUGAAGGGCAAUGGAUUCAGUGUAAUUUAUUGGCAACACAAGUUGCCAGUUUAAUAAAUAUUGGUUCGAAUUAUUUAAAUGCGGGUAAAAAAGCAGUACGCUGGGGUUCUGAACAUGAAAGUAUUGUACCUUACGAAGCUUUCCCUACAAAAGAUGGAUAUAUGACUGUUGGCACUGGAAGUGACACACAGUUUUUAGAUUUACUGAAAAGAAUGCAAUUAACAGAGUUACUUAAAUGUGAUAAAUAUAAGAAUAAUCAGGCUAGAGUAGAAAACAGAGAUGAAUUAUUGCCACUUCUUAGAAAAGAAUUUAAAAAAAGAUCUAAUAAAGAGUGGGCACUUAUAUUUGAAGGUGCUUCAUUUCCAUAUGGUCCAAUAAAUACAAUAGGACAGGUGUUUGAAGAUCCUCAGAUAAAACACAUGAAAAUGGUUCAAGAGCUGGAACAUUCCACAGGGAACAGGGUUAAAGUUGUUGGUCCUCCUGUAACAUACAGUUAUGCUGUAAAUAAAGCUCGGUUUGCGCCUCCCAUGUUGGGACAGCACACUGAUGAUAUACUAAAACGUAUCUUAGACUAUACUGAUGAUGAAAUACAAAUUUUAAAGAAAAAUAAAAUAGUACAAUAGAAAAUAACAUAUUUUUAGUAUUAUAAUUCAGUUUUUAUCAAUUGGUUAACUGUAUGUUGUGUAUAAUAAUGAAAUUUAUAUAUUACAUAUUAGACUAAAAAGAAAAUAAAUAUUUUUUUUAAAUAAUCUAUAUGUUUCGUUACAAG